AUGUCGCGCCACCAGGCAGUUCGCAACCUUGAUUAUGAGGAGGCCCUCGACGAAUUCGAGGGCGAAGAUUACGAAGAGGAGGGAGAGGCUGAGCAGCUCAGCGCAGAGGAUCGGGAGGCGAUGGCAAUAGGAAUUGCGACAGUGCAGAGUACUCUUGGCCCUGAUGCCGACAAAGUGACUGUGCAGCAAAUCCAAGAGUCGCUGUGGCACUACUAUUACGACACCGAGAAAACGGUGUCUUACCUACAGAAGAAAUUCAUCGCACCUCCACCAGCGCCCAAGCAGGAGAAGAAGGUGGUCAAGGAUGACGGGUUUGGUUGCGGGGGCAUGGACGACAAGACUACGACUUACGACAUGGCAUCAACUUCGACAUAUCCAGUUCCCAGGGUGUCACUCUCCCCUGCCUCUUACUUUCACGGUAUUCCAUGGAUGAACGCUCCCAAGAGCCGACAGGCCGUCUUUGUUCCUCCUCGUUCCCUUCCCGGGGGGCUUCUGGGCGGCGGCGAUGGGCCCAAGCUUUCAAAACUCCAGGCUCUUGCUGCAGCACGGAAGAAGAAGACGACCGAAGUGACCAAGACAGACGACAAGGUCGACCGAGCUGAGAAAAGGAUGUCAACUCUUGCCAUUGACGAAUCGUCCAAGGAGAAUCAGAGAGGCGGGUUGAGCAUGCUAGCCAAGCGACAAAAGUUGGCAGAGGACCCCGCCGCAAGGACUCAGACCUCCAAAUCGGUCUCACCACCGCAGCAAGCCGACGCAGCCUCUGAAGCAGUCAGUAUGGAUGUCGACAUAGCCAAGGGACUUUCUACCGAGGAUUGCGAGAAGGCUGAAGAUGACUGCUUCGUGGUGCCAUCUUCAAGACCGUCUGCCUUUGCUCAGACACUGUUCGGACCUGCUCAAGAUGCUGCCGCCGCCUCUCAGACGUACUCCUUGCCGUACAUGGACUCUUCAACCUAUGUGCCCAGCGCUUUCUCCCAACCAAGCCCCGACGAUGUCGUGCUCGCUGCUCAGGCGAAAGCGGGCUCCAAGUUCGACGCUGCCGCGAAGAGCGCAAGCAAAAAAGUGGUGGCCAAAUCAAGUGGCUCACAAACCCCAAAUUCCGAGAUGAAACAACUUCAACUCGACGAUUCAGCAGCACCGAAGAACAAAAAGCUGGAUGUUGUGAAAGAGUUCGCAAAGAGCGAGAACAAGAGAAGUGCCAGCUUUGUGGUGGUCGGACACGUGGAUGCUGGCAAGAGCACAUUGAUGGGCAGAUUGCUCCUGGAGUUGAAGUACAUCGAGCAACAUCUGAUCGACCGCUAUCGACGCCAGGGCGAGAAGAUUGGAAAAUCGUCAUUCGCCCUUGCCUGGGUGAUGGAUCAGCGAGAGGAGGAGCGCGAGCGUGGUGUCACCAUCGAUAUCGCCACAAAUAUGUUUGAGACCGAAAAGACACGGUUUACGAUUCUCGACGCCCCUGGUCAUCGGGACUUUGUCCCCAAUAUGAUUGCUGGAGCAAGUCAGGCAGACUUUGCCAUUCUCGUGAUUGACGCCAACACCGGAGCUUUCGAGAAGGGCUUGAAGGGCCAGACAAGAGAGCAUGCUCUACUCCUGAGGAGUCUAGGUGUCCAGCGGGUCAUCGUAGCUGUGAAUAAGCUGGACAUGGUCGGGUGGUCAAAGGAUCGCUUUGAUGAGAUCUCGGAGCAGGUCACUGGCUUCAUGAAAGGCAACGGCUUCCAGCUCAGGAACGUCACCUUUGUACCCAUAUCCGGACUCAGCGGCGCCAAUUUGGUGGAGAAGCCAGAUGAUGAGGGUCUGUCAUGGUACACAGGUCCGACACUCAUCGAAGCAUUGGAAGACUCGGAUCCCAUGGCGAGAGCGAUAGAGAAGCCAUUCCGAAUGUCCAUCUCGGAAAUCUAUAGAUCGCAGCAAAGCCAACUCACCGUAGCUGGCCGGAUAGAAUCGGGCACGGUGCAAAACGGCGAGGCAUUGAUUGUGCAACCCAGCGGAGAGUCCGCCUCAAUACGAUCGAUCGAGGUAGACGCUGAUGUACAAGAAUGGGCCGUUGCGGGACAGAGCGUCAAUAUCGGCCUGUACGGCAUCGACCCGAUCCACGUUCGCGUGGGCGAUAUCAUCAGCACCAAGGCGGCCCCUAUCGAGACGAGCGACAGGCUGACAAUGAAGGUGCUGGCCUUUGACCACUUGAUGCCAAUGCCAGUAGACGUCCACCGUGGUCGUCUACAUGCGGCUGGAAGAGUCGAGGUCAUCCCGGCCGUGCUGGAUAAGUUGACGGGGGCGACGGUGAAGAAGAACCCCAAGAUCGUGCAGCCGGGCAAGGUUGCGCGGGUUGUUGUCAAGCUGGACUCCAAGGUGCCGUUGGAGGCUGGACAGCGAGUGGUGCUCCGCAGUGGCGGGGAGACAAUCGCGGCAGGGCUAUUGGAAUAA